AUGCCAGGUGAAGCCAUCUCUGAGGCUGGCCAGCGAGUUAGAGAUGCAGCUGGUGGAGUGACAAAUCAGGUGGCAGGUGUCGCCGGACAUGCAUCUUCGCAAGUUGCCAGUGCUGUCGAAGGUGUCAGGGACCACGCUGUGCAGCAAAAGCAGCGGAUGGAGAAGGUUGCGGACCAGUUCACAGAUCUCAUGGAGGGCUUCCUCAAGAGAAAGCUGUACAAACUUCUAGUUCUUCUCGUGGACAAGAUCCCCGGUAUUCUCAAGACAGUCUUGGAAGACCCUGAGAUGCCAUCUCGAGUGCAGAGAGCCCAGGAUGCUGCAGUUGAUGCUGUCUGGCCGGAUGUGCGGCAGGAAAUCAUGUGGGAACUGGCCGUGACCGUGGAUGGCAGGGCAGCGGACCAGCCAAAGGAACAAGGCUGCAUUUGUUGUUCUUUUCUCAGAUACCAUCUUUAUCCUUUCGACCGAGGAUUCUGGGGACGGCUGCGAGAUCCAGUGUGGAUACUCUUCACGAUUGUCGGCCUUCUGCCUGUUUAUGGCAUCAGCCCAGGUAUAUUCUUGUUGAUCUUCCUCAUUGUCGACAAAACCGAUGAGUUCCAGCUCGUAUCCUUCAUACUUGAGUUCAAGGGCUUCCAGUACCUCACACAGGGCCUUGUGCGCAGCUUGAUGGGCUACUUUUUGUACCUGAAUUGCGUCACCGCACCCGGGCAAGAGGAGGAUUUUUGUGCUACAAAUGGACCUGGCUCCGUCGCUCCGACCUUGAUUGUCUUGGUUGGAUAUUUGCUUCAAGUAGUUUUGGUUUGGACGGCCUUUGUGCUCCUACCUUUCUCUUCAAGGAAAGGGCGAUCAACGCUGUCUGGCCAUCUGGAUGAACCUCUUCCGCACCGUUCAAAGCAACGGGGUGGAUACAUAAUUUAUCUUCUGUGGUAUGACCUGUUGACCUUCGUCGUCUGUGCUGGGGCACUGGUUUACGUGCUACAGCUGCGAGAAUGGUUGCUCGACGACUGGAUGGUCAAACAUGCGUUCUUUGCUAUCCAAAUGGUCCACGGCUACUUGUCCAUGCCUUUCUUUUUCUUUACGAUCCCACUGAUCAGGAAUGUUCUGAGCCACACAGCAGGGGGCUUGGUGCUUGAGGAGUAA